AUGAGAUCUGCAGAUGUUCUCUGUGCACAGCUGGGUUGUGGGAGUGCUGUGGCUGUGGUGGAGGUCGACUGGUUUGGGGAGGGGAGUGGCCACAUCUGGGCUGAUGUGUUUGACUGUCAGGGGAAGGAGACACACCUAUCACAAUGUGGCAUCUCAUCAUGGAGUGGAGCUGCAUGCUCUCAUAAACACGAUGCUGGAGUCAUCUGUAAUGGAUCAUCCGUGGCGUUUCAUGAGGGGCGAGUGCGGUUGUCUGGAGGAAGCGAGUGUCAGGGGGAGGUGGAGAUUUAUUUCAGGCAGGACUGGAGGAGAGUUCUCCUGGACUCGUGGAGUCUGUCUGAGGCGUCUGUGCUCUGCAGACAGCUGGGCUGUGGCUCCGUGCUGAACUACCGCUCCUCUCCAUCCACCACUGAACACAAACACAUGUGUGUAAUGGGUUUCAGCUGCUCUGGGAGUGAAGCUCAUCUCAGGAACUGCAGCAGUGCAAAACCUGUCAACUGCAGCUCCGGGGAGCAGCUGUACAUCACCUGCUCAGGCCCCAGGUCCAUCAGGCUGGUUGGUUCUGGGGGAGACUGUGCAGGAAGGUUGGAGGUUUUCCACAGCGGCUCGUGGGGGACAGUGUGUGAUGACUCGUGGGAUAUUGAGGAUGCGCAGGUGGUGUGCAGACAGCUGCAGUGUGGAGUGGCCCUCAGUACCCACAUACCAGCCUGGUUUGGUCCUGGAACUGGGUCCAUAUGGCUGAAUGAGGUGGAGUGUGAGGGGAACGAGACGUCCCUGUGGAACUGCAGAUUUCAGCUGUGUGAAGAGGGUGAAUGUGGACACCAGGAGGACGUAGGAGUCGUGUGCUCAGAGUUUAAAGAGAUCCGACUAACGGAGGGAUGUGAGGGGAAUCUGGAAGUGUUCUACAAUGGAACCUGGGGUAAUGUGUGUCACAAUCAGAUGGAGUUAGAAACAGUAGAUAUGGUGUGUCGAGAGCUGAACUGUGGAAGACGUGAACAUUUGGACUCGGCCAGAGCGAGAGUCGAAUCUGCUCCUGACUGGCUGGAUUAUCUGAAGUGUAGGAAACACGACUCUAAUCUGUGGCAGUGUCCAUCUUCACCCUGGGGACAGAACAGAUGUGAUAAUCGUGAUGAGGUGGCUCGUAUUACCUGCACAGAUGAUGGAAAGUCUCUACGUACACAAGAAAAGUGCUCUUCAUUUCCCUCUCAGAAACACUGCUCAAGUAAGGAUAUAUAAGGAAAAGCUGUUAGUACUGUUCUUCAUUUGCAUUUGUUAGUGACAGAAGAUAUUUCCUCAUCUGUUUAUAAAACCAUUUUCUGAGGACUUUAAUGUAUUUCCUCAUAUAACCAUCCUGAGGGCAUCAAUCUUCCUCACAUUUCAUGAAACUUAAACCAGCAGAGAUCAAAUCAGUAAACAGAACCCAAAGCUGAUCUUACUGCUUCAAAUUAUUUUAUUCUGCAGAAAAUGUAUUUAUUUAUAACAUUCAAUAAGCAGCUGAAUUUCAGGAUGUUUGUAAUUAGUUUAAGAUUCUUUUUCAGAACAAAACAAAAUAAUUUUGGGUAAACUAGAGCAUGCUGAGUAUAAUAUAAGGUUAUAUUAUCAUUGUGUUGUAGUGAGCUGUGUGACUGGAGCUGUUAUUCAGCGUUGGUGUGUUUCCUCAUGUGUG